CAACUGAGUAACAACAAUCUGAUUCUGACGUGAGUCUUCUCCCAUGACAUGGGAAUUUUCACUGCACUGCAUGUGUUUCUUUCCGGCCUAUCUUGCAUCACCUGAAGUAGACUUGCUCUUAAUCUGUUAAUUUUUUUGGUGGGUGUUAGUGAUGAAACCUUGUCUGCACUUUGAUGGGUUGUAGAAACUAGAAAGUAGAAGCAGAACAGGUAGCUAUGAUUAACUCUCUUUAUCUUUACGCUUUUUUUCAGGGAUGGGCGUGAAUUCUGGCAAGUAAUGGUGGGGAGGCAGAGCAACAAAGCAAAAGCACAGCUUAUUGCCUUCUAUCAAUCAUAUAAAGUUGCAUCCUUUUUUUGAUGGGUUUUGGUCUUUCAAAUGCUUGCUUCCGAUUUAAGGCUCUUAGGUAAUGAAUUAUUUCCUCUGUUUCCACUUUCUCCCUGCAAAGUGCACAUCUCCCCAUUCAUCUGCUGCCAAGCAGAUACAUCUCUGGUGAAUCAAUUUUCCUUUUCUUCAACUUUUUUUUUUUUUUUAACUAGUGGUAUCUAUUUAAUCAUUGCACUGGCAUCAUCAGUUGGGUUGUGCGGGAAAAGGACCAAUUUCCAUUGAUUUCCCACCAAUUCCAUUAUAGGGUCCCCUUUUCUGUGCAAAUUUUAUGUGUAUGGUAGGAUUGAGGGUUUCAUUUUUCCUUGUGUGCAGGCAGGCAACUGGGAAAUUGGAGGGAACAGGUUGCGGCCAAGAUAACAAAAGGAUGUUAUUCAAGACUACGAUAAAGGGGAAAGCUUGCAUGGUUAGUCUAUGAGGGAAAAAGCAAGCAGAGCACCAAGGAAGAAAAGCCAUGCAUUACGGGGAGAAUAAUUUGCUCAAACAGCAGAAAGAGGGAAAGUGAAUGUCAAUCAGUAUUAUUAGCAUUUUUGGACAAUGAAGUAUGAAUGAAAAAGUCUUCUUCCAAACACAUCAAUGGGAAACCAAGAAGUUGCAAAAACUGACUCUAUGUUUCUCAAAUUAUGAUUGUUCUUUUCAAACGUAUGCCAUACGACUGGAAACAAUAAAACGGAAAACCAUUUUGCGUCGAAUACUUUUUUCAAAUGAUUUGGGAAUAAUAAUUUCGUAAGUCGUUAGUGAAGAACGAUAUUCGUGACGAGAUUUGCUCGAAUAGGUGUCUCAACUUCACACUACUUCACACUACUUGGGCCGUGGAACAUUUCCUCCCCCCAAAAUGACAGUUAGUAGGUGUCUCAAUCUUUAUAAAUGGUAUCAAACCUACCCUUUCUGGUUGUGUAUCAUGCCUCCAUUGAUUAAUAUACUGAUAGUGGUUGAGUUGAAGACGUGAAGAAACAGCUCAGCAAACUCUUUCAAUCCUCCUUCAGAUUAAUAAACGAAAGAAAGGACAAAAUAAGGAGAGGGAAACAAAAAAAAACCCCUCUCCAGUCUGUGGCUAAUGACUGAUCAUCAACCCACUUGGCAUUUUGUCCAGGCCUAGACUAAGUUUUGUGCAUGUUUUGUCCUCAGGCAUAUUGGACACAAACAAAAGCGACAACAAUGCUGUUUGUCUCUUAAAGCGACCACAAUUCAGGCGUUUUUAACUUUAUCAAAGAUGAACGGAAACAGGAGCAAAUGUCAAGUGUCUUGUUCUUGUAUAUGUUUUACCAAUGAAAAUGAACCUGAAGCUGAAGCAUCAAAGUUGAAUUGAACUUACCCUUUACGCCAAUAUGGGUUUUUCGUGAGUAAGCAGAAAAGCAGUCACAGGGCAACUCUCCUUUGGCAAGCCCCCAAAGCCGGCAAUGUAGUACCCCUGAGAGAGACUAUGUGUAUGUUCCCUUCGCCGGCCGGAUUGCCUGCCAAGUCAGAGGUGCCCUACGACUGAUUUGCUUAUAGAUGAUGAUAUACAAUUUGGCCCUGCAGAUCUCAUUUGGGUUGCUGUUGGGUAUAUAAGAGGGCGGGAGAGAGAUGGGGAUAAACCCUUUGGCAAAGGGAUGGCAUAUCCUUUGGUGAAGGAGCUAGAGGAGGGGAAAAGCAUGGUUUAUGCCUGUGGAUAUACCCUUCUGUAUUGGAGAGGACUUGUCAAGUUUCAACGGGUGAUAAUGGAGGCUGGAUGGAUAGUCAGGUCAUGUCGCAGCACGAAUCUUGAUGCCACCAAGAUCUCUGUUUUUAAAGAAAGAUUGAAUAGAUUCUCCUCUUCUCCAUCUUUGGUCCCCAAGUCUCUACCCAGCAAUGGCCUUUCAACAAUGGGUUCAAACUUCUAACUCCAACUGUCUCUAUUCUGGUUACAAGGAAAAUGCAAAUUAGUACGUUCAUGCAGGGGUGGACCAGGGGACUCCUAAAUUUUGAAAAAAUGAUUAUGGACAAAAUAAUUAUAAUUAAGAGUUUGUGACACGUCUGGAAUUUUAAAAAAUGAUUAUCCUACUCUCUAUUUUUUAGUUUGCAUAUGGGAAUAUAAGUGGUAGUUUGGACAAUUCAAACCUAGGACAAUAUUAUUAUUAAUAAAUAUAAUUUCCAUUAGCCUACAACUCAAUUGUUGUUCAAUGUUUAACAUUGUGUAAUAGUAAAAUGUCAUUCCCUAUCACUAAUUAUUUUCAAAACCUAACAAUUAAACUAAUUUCAAACUACUCGUAAUGUGUAUUGAUUUUAUUGUUGUACGACAUAUGUUGAAAUAGUCUUUUCAGCUCGAGAACCAGUUUCGAAAUCGAAUAUGCAACUAGUUCGUGAAUGAUUUUCUUGUAGGAUAUACAUAGACAAUUUUUAAGCAGUGUAGACACCAAGUGUAUUCUACAAUUAUUUUUUAAACUUGUACAAGUUAGGUAUUUUCUUAUUUAAAUUUUAUUAAUUAUUUAAAAUUUAUUUUUAUUUAAUUUAUUUUUUAAAAGAGGACACUCCUAUGUAAAGUUUCUGGGUCCGCCACUGCUUCCAUGUACGAUGGCAAUUUCGACCUGAUCCGUUUUACCCGAUCUGUUUGGAUUGUAUUGAGGCGGGCCGUAAGCUGGGUGGGAUAGGCAUGGGUACUCUCGUCGACACGACCUACCUUGACCCGCCCCAUUCUCGAUCCUUUCUUGCUUAAAUUACAUGUAAUCCUAGUCAAAUUACUUAGGAUUUUCCUUUUAUAACAUCAUACUUUAGCUAUAAUAAUGUUGUAAAGUAGUGAAAACCUCAAUUCCUCCAAUAAUUUAUCUACAUUUAUAGUUAUAUGGUUUGUUUUCUUGAUCUUAAAAUGAAAAUAACGAAUAUUUCUAAUAUUUUUCGUAUAAAUUAUAUACCCACCGGAUUAACCUAUCCCGACCUUCAAUCCAUAAUAAAUGACCCGACCUGUCGUGGUAUAGAGGGUAUGGAUAUCGAGAUACACGUCCCGAAUCUGCCCUUCUCAUUCCUACUUCCAUGUCUCUUUUUUCUGUUGUCCCGCAGAUGGUACGUGGUUUUGUUUGGGCCAAGCCCAUCAGAUACAGGCCCAAACUGAAGCGGUGCCGGAUAAGAAAUCCUUCCCCAAUAUGGAUUCGAAAGCCACAUCCUCCUCCCCUGUAUCUAUUCCUCUGCCCCUUUCACCGACUUGCUGAAUUUCCGUAUCCGAAACAGAAACCCAUUUUUCCUUACCGCCUCUCCUACCUUAACACUCUCUCUAUAUAAACUAUGAACUCCCAUCUUCAAUCCCACACGCAAAACUCCUCCACCGAUCAUAUUGCUACUGAUCAUAAUGUCUCUCACGCCGAAGAACUCGUUCGCCAUAUUGGCCGACGCAGACACGCUGGAGAUCGCCAACCACGCCAACAAGGACCAUUACCUGCAGAAGAAGAAGAGCGGCGGCGGCUGCGGCGGCGACGGGAAGAAGAAGGAACAAGUGAGCCGCUGGUAUGAGAAUUACAAGCAGCGUCAGGAGGAAGAGCAAGCCUCCAAGCAAAAGCAGCAGCCCGAGAAGUCCAAUUUUGUUGUUCUUGGUCACGGCAGUAACGCUGGCAAUAGGAAUAACGGUAAGGGUGCGGUUGAGAAGUCGCCGUCGGCGGUGAAAAACUCACAACAGGGGAAGGCAUCAACCAGCAACGCUAGUGGUAAUAAUGGUCAGAAGAUUAUGGCCCAGGGUACUGAUUCUAAGGCAAACAAUUCUUCUAGGCCUAAUAAAGAAGGGUACUUGAGCAAGCAGCAGAGGAAGGCAGGGGAAGAUUACGGGAAGGCAUCGAAGAACGAGAACGGUGUGGUGGAGAAAGAAGAGAUUGAAAGGCCAACGUUCAAGUUUGAUGAUUUUGCUCAGUUUCCGGGUCUCGGUCGAACCCACUAAAGCACUCUCAUGAUGGAUUACAGAUUUAGUGCUCUAGUUGCAUGUUUUUGUGUGUGUCUCGGAGCGGAUACAUGUGUAAUUUACUCAAUUUCAAUGGUUGGAAUAGAAUUUAAUUUUUUUU